AUGUUUUCAGGUGCGGAGCGUUUCCCGGAACGGCGGAGACUGAGUGAGGGCGCGGGUCGAUACCGCGCGUGCGCGGCGCGGCGCGGCGCGGAGGCGCGGCGGCAGUGUCGGCGCGACGCCGGCCCGACCCGACGGCCCGCCCGCGCCCGAGCCCAUGUCGCUGUUUUUCAAGUUCAGGAGCAACAGGACGGGAGCCGCGCCCGCGCCGUGCGGCAUGGAGGCCGGCGUCGGCGUCGCGGCCGCGCCCGCCCGCCGCGCGCCGCCGCCCGAGCGCUCCCCGGCGCGCGCCGGGCUCCACGUCAACUUCAGCGACAAGGAGAGGUGAAGGAGCGACGCGAGAAGUUCCUGACGGCCAAGUACGGCUCCCAUCAGAUGGCGUUGAUCCGCAAGCGGCUCGCCGUCGAAAUGUGGCUCUACGACGAGCUGCAGAAGCUGUACGACGUGCCGAAGGAGGCGGCGGCGGCGGCGGGGGGCGCGGAGGUGGAGGUGGACGUGGACGAGCUGCUGGACAUGGACUCCGACGACCUGCGCCGCGCGCACCUCAAGACGUUAUUAGCGGAUGCCAAAAAGCCCCAAAAAGAUGUACAUAAUUUCAUCAACGAAUUGCUAGAUAAAGCGAAAACUCUGUAGGUUAAGAGAACGGAACCAAAUCUCAUCUCGCUCGCGCCGCGACCGCACGCGGGCGCGGGGGCGGGCGCGGGCCGUCUGCGGCGGCGCGGAGCAGCGCGCGGGCGGCUAGCGACACACCGCCGCCCGCGCUGAGGCACGGUUGACGCCGUAGGGAACAGUUUUUGACGCGUGCGUAAAAUGCCGCUUUACGAUAUGUAUGCAUCGAUCGGAUUACUAUAGUUUCAGAAUUUGGUCGUGCUUCAUUUGUUUCGUUGUAAUUCCAUUUGAAAACCUGCCUAAUUAUUGUAGUUGAAGCGUAAAGACCAUUCUUAGAUGGAAAGUCCCUUUAGCGAAUACAUAAUGUACCGGGUACUUUCGACGAUUUUGUCCGCUCUUCAAAUAGGUAUAUAGUGAGUAUAGUGACCUACGAGCGUCUUCCCUUUAUUGAGUGUGCGAACCGCGGCGGCCGGGCCGCGCGCGGCCGGCGCGCGUGACGUGACGUGACAUAUCAGCGACGCCCCGCCCGCGCCCGACGACUCGCAUCGUGACGAGCGUGUAUUAUGCUCGAUCUAGAUGUGCAAAUCUACACCCCCUAAUUAUUAUAUUCUCAGUUGGCUACUUUAGAAAUUAACUAUCUCAAAAAAUGUAUUACACUGUGCGACAACCUAGGGUGUGAAUAUCUUAAGAUAAGAUACUUCACAGAGUCAUUAUUAUAAAAACAAAAAGCUGUCAGCCGUGGUGCCUGAAAUUCAAACGAUAAAAAGCAACAGCAGAAAUUACCAUGCUACGGUUUUCACAAACUAUGAGAGCUUUUUAACAAAAUAAAACAUACAGUAAGAAUGUGUAUAGAUAUAAAUAGAACAUUAAAUUUUAGUCAGCUAACUUAGCUGCUAACUGCACAAUUAUUGUUGACAUGGUUGAAUCAAAUUGGCCAAUUGAGAUAAUAAAUAGAAUAGGUAAUACUCAUAGAUAGGUAAAGAUAAGUCUAAAUGAAAGAGGGUCGACUAUACGUAAGUACCGCAUGUAUAAGUAGCAUUAAUCUGUCCGUUACACACUGCGCCCUGUAAACCCGUAAUGGCACGUAGUUUAAUAGUUUGGUCAGCACAUUUCGGUAAAUUGUUUGCUGUUUCAAUUUGAUAAUUAUUGUCAUGGUAUAAGCUAGAUUAUUGUGUAAUCUAAUUUUAUUAAAGCAUAAGAUAAAGGCAAUUUAAACAAUCUUAAUUAUAAAGAUAUUUUUACUUUGUACUAACUGUGAUAAGUUAAUUGUAACAGUAUUAAAAUGUUUAGUCGCAGUGUAUCGCAGAAUAUCACCAUGUUCUGAUUUUUGGUCAAACAAACACACGGCAAUAUCAAGUGUAAUUAUUCGUGCUGGCCAAACUACAACAGUACUACUUAUAAAUGAGGUCGCUAAUUGAAAUAACUAAACAUGAGUCUCUAAAGCAGCGAUGGCCUCGAUGGCCGCCAUCAGAGAGAACCCAAAGCUUCACUUAAGCCAAGUUUCGGCUCUUAGAUUGAUGUAUGUUACCUACCUACAAUAUGACCCUCGGGUCAACAAGUUUGGAGACUCGUGCAGUAUAAUAGUUAUUUGUUAAAAGUUGUAUUUUAACUCCGAGUGUGGAAUUGAAAAACGAGCAAGUGAAAGGAUUCUAUAGUUGAACCACGAGCGAAGCGAGUGGUUCGAAAAUAGAAUCCUGAA